CCGGGGCCGCCUAUCAGCCCCCGUUUUAGCGCCGUGUCCCCACCUACUCACUUCACGUGCAAUGCCAGAAUAGAAACAGACCUCAGUCAGACUGUAAACAGGCUGGACGAGCUUGUGCAAGCCUGGGCGAGAAAUGUAUUCCAACAGGGGAGUCUACUGAGAGAUCUCCGGUCCACAGCACAUUUUGUGUCUCUGUUGAGUCUGGGAAGGCCUGGAGGGUCCUUGAGUCACUCAGCCUGAUGAGAGAUGGGGAAUGAGAGCAGCACGACUGAGGCUCUGCCGGAAGAGGGCGCUCCAGAACACGUUCUGUUUCCACCCCAGGAAAAUCCCAGCGACCCUUCAAAGGCCGAAGCUUACGAUGAAAAAUUAACCCAAAAGGACGCCGAAGUGCUGCUGACUGCGUCAACCAGCAGCCAGCAAAGUUUUCCGCCACAAGCCGAUGUCCCAGUCAUCACCGGUGUGGAGGAGAGCAGAGUUGCUGCGGAAGAAGCCCGUGAGGACAAGGAGGAGCUGGAAUUUCCUCAUGACUUGCUGCCCAAUCUAGACUUCAGCAGUGAACUCAACAUCUGGGAGUCCUCACUAGGAUUAAAGGCUAGCUCAGGACACAGGAUAUGCGAGCACGACAACCCCCUGCUGGCAGGCUUGCAGCAUCAAAUGGAAGUCAGUCAUCCAUUAGUAGUCCUAGAGAACAGGCCUCAAGCCUCCGACCCACUCCUCACAGAUGCCCCACCCUCACCUCAGCCCACUGUCAAACCUCAACCAGCUGGUCAACCCUUGACCCCUCCUUUUUGCAUGCUACUCGACCAGCAGCUUCAGGAAGCUUUCAAGGAAUGUGAGGAACAAAUGGUCUCACUCAGUGUUCCUAAAGUCAAAGAGUCCAUCAGCUCACAGUCUGAAAAGUCUAACGGAGAGGAUAGGAAAACUGGGCAAGUAACUGUUAAAAAGUUUGAUGAGUCAUCAUCACAACCACAAGUUGAAGACCAGUCUGGACAUAGCAACCUCAUAAACAAAAAUACACAUGGAAACACUGAGACAACGGAUAGGCAAAUGGAUACAGUUGUGUUUAGUUUCAAGGACUACAUACUUGGGACAGAGAACCCUGAGACAAAGAGCGAAAUAAAAACAAUUGGGAGCCAGGAUAAAUAUCCACAAACUAAAAAAGAAGAAACAAUAAAAGAAGAGCAGCGAAAGCAAAAAAUUCCAACUAUUGAUUUUGACACAUCAGCAGUGACUGAGAAUUCUGUAUUUAGUAAGCAAGGACAUAUUUUAAGUACUGAUUUAAAUGUAGUUUCUGAAGAAAUGAGCUCAAUAGAUUGUAAUAGACCGGCUAUGGAGGAAGACACAGCUGCAGAAGUAGAACGUACGUACUUAAAAAUGUGCAACAUCAAUCCCAGUGAGAUUGAUCAAAAGACAAACAAUUCUAUUCAAGAAGUAUGUGAGUAUAGUGAAUUUUAUUUUCAAGAUAAAGCUGCAGUUGAAGAAAUGCGUUCAGAACAACAAGCAUGUUUUAAUACUUAUGCCGAGGACGACAUACAAACAUCUUCUGUAAGAAGUGCACAGGGUGAGCUUGUGGACAAUAAAAAGGCAAAAAAGAGAGACAAAAAGAAGCACAAGAAAAAGAAAAAACCAGAGAAGAACAACGGAACUGAAGUGGAGACCAGGACGGCCAGACAAGCUGAAAAUGAAUUACAGGCCUUCCAUCUUAUAAAUACAGGGAAUCUCAGUGCGCAUUCAGUGACAAACACAGACACUAUGACGUGUGGAGCACAGCCUAAUGAUGACUUUUGGUGCAAGGAAAAACCAAACACCUCCCAAUCAUCUUCUCCUAACCAACAGGACUUAACUUGUCCAUCCCUUUAUAACCAUGUUCCCACACACUUGAAUAUGUUUGAUAACCAAAGUAUAACAGAUGCUCAACAUGGCAACAAUAACAACAUGCAAAAUAUACAAAAUCUAACACAUGUUCAAACUACAGCUGAUGUUUCAGAUAAUGAAUUAGAUACACAAGCACAUGAGAAUAAUGUUACCACUAAAGCACAGAUACACACACUGGACAGCUCAUUUUCCAGUAUCCGAGUUUGUGUGGGAGAGAGUUUCACUGAGAGGGGCAUUGAAGAUGCUUUAGUGGAGGCUGCUGCGUUGCCACUAACAACACCCACGAUGGGAGAAGUGAUAAAAAGUGAGGGAGAAAGCGUGAGCCAUGAUUCAUUAGAGGGAGUAGCUACUGAGCCCAUUGCAACCAUCGGAAAAGGAGAGAGAGAUCCAGAAAGGAACGGAGAGAGAAAAAGGUUCCAGGAUCGUACCUCUCAGCGCUCUGCUGUCUGUUGCUCAUCUGGCCUCUCAAACAAAGGCACACAGGCUGUGAGUGAAGAAAGCAAAAUGCCACACACUUCUGCUGAGAGUUGUGCUAAAGGACGGAGAGAGACGAGCAAUGCAGAAGCAGAUUAUUCUCCAGCAGAAGAGGGCGACAAAGAAAAAGAGGCACUCUGGAUGGAAAGCAAUUUUGAUUAUUCACCCCAUGGGAUAUUUGCUGGUGCUGAUCAUCUGAAUGAUAGUGCUGCAGGAGUGGAGGGAGGAGUGGCAGAGUGCAGUUUAUUCAGCCCUCCGGAUGGGGCUGCUAGAGGGGCGUCGGCCGCUGAGACAGAGAUGCGUCCUCCCACCGAUGUUGCAGAGUCAUGUCUGAAGUCACUGUGCAGGGGCGAACCGGUCAUUUCUGCCACAGAGAGCCUGUGCAUUGAGGAGGAGCUUACUGCAGCAUUUUCACUUCUAUUACCUCGCAGGGAACAAAGCAAUAAAGCAAGCGGAGAAAGCGUCCAACACAAUCUGAAUACAGAGGAGCCACUUACUUCGGGAUUCUCACGUGAAGAGUCAGCCAUCACUGAGACUUCACUUACCGGUACUUCAGAAAGCAACAAUCAACAGGUGCAUGCUGAAACAACCGAGAGAGCAAGCAAGACUCAAGAAGAGGCUCAGAACCAAACAUACAGUGUGGUUCGGAGUGGGGGUAAGUCUGCAUGUGAUAAAAGUGAAGGAAGGAACAGAGUUCGCUUUGCAGACGACGUGAAAGAAGAUCAAAGUGCCACUGUAGAGGUGAGAAACAUGUCAAUGCCAGUACUGGGAUGUGCUUUGUUGCCUCCAUUGAUAGUACACGAAAGUUUGCAUCAUCCUGUUGCUGAAGCCAGCUACAUUUUCCAAGACUACUUUGGCUUAAAGAAGCCAGAAAGCUGCACUGAGGCAACAUCUACCAAAAAUGAUGCACCUAAUCAGAGCUCAGGAGAUACACCAAAGCCGGAGAAGACUAUUAUUGACAUAGAUGCAGAAGAUAGCGCCAAGAAUGUUGAAAUGCAUCCAACAUGUGAAAACAGUUUAAAUUCCCCUCAAAGACUAACAGUAAACAAAGUUACUAAUACAGAACAUGGUGGCCUUCAUGAAAAAACCAUAGUGCCAACAGAACCAGCAAAAACCACAGAGGAGCCCAUAGAAGUCGACAAGAAUAAAGUAGAAUUUGAUGAACCAUCUAAGGAGUCCUCUGGACAAAGUACGACGACAACAGAGCACCUAGAACCAGAGAUGUUAAUUGGUGACCAUCAAGAACCAGAGAAUUUAACCAAGUCAAUUGUUGAGCACCCAAACAAAAAUCCUGAUGAGGUGUCAACAAAACAGGAAGAGGUGAGGGAAAAGGGUGAGCUUAACAUGGACAGCAUAGAACCAAUCAAACUUGACAUGCCGCCAGAGAUAAAAAGUGAUGGGUGUGUGGUCGAUGAAAGACAAUGUUCAAGUUGUGUGCCUGCGGCCAGCAAUGUUUGCUCUAAACCUACGGAUGAUGUAUUUACUGAGUCACCUGACAUACAGCUCUCAACUGAGACGGAUGGCAAUUCUAAUGCUGAAACUGGGGUGUUGAGCUGUUCAGUCCCUCCUCAGACAAAGCCCAGGGACCUCAGCUUUCAGCUUCCACCUGAGAUUGAUAAACUACCCGCUCAUGCACUUUCUAGCAUAGAUCCGAUUGAAUCUAAGAUAGACCGAAAGUCUGAGGCACCUGUUCAACUAAUAAGGGAUGAGUCAGAAAUAUCAGAGGUGGCAGCCCCUGAGCGGUCAAUUCCUAUUAUUAAGAAAUGUGCCAGUAAUCCUCUGAUGCUGCAGCCGACAGGCCCAAUGUUGAGUCACUUGGAGGUGGUCGAUGGAUGUGAUGUUGCGCUUCCUGACUGUGACGAUAGCUUGGUCAAUAAGACAUAUACCGGUAUGUAUUCGGCAGAGGAUAAGGAACACAGAGAAAAUAAUGGUGGAGCAGAAAAAAAUGGUUUGACACAGGCAAAUAGAAAGAAUGAUGUUGAGUUUAUCACCUCUUUGACAGCUGAUGAUAAAAUUAAAAUUUUACAAGAGGAAAAACAACCUCCUGGAGUUGAAUGUGUACUGGCAAAUGAUGUAAUGAUCCAAGAUAAAGUAGACCGCACCCUCAUCUCUAACAAGCCUUGUGAUACAGUUGAACUGUGCGUUAUCAAAGAGAAACAGAACAUGGCCAACCUAACUUCUGUGUCACUCAGUGAGAAAGAUCAGCAGCAUGAUAAUGGAAAGAAAAAAGAGAGCGGCAAACUGCAGACAGGCAAUGCGAUGACAAAACAGAGUAAAGAGUCUGAUACAGAUGUUGAACAGGAAACAGGAAAGCGUGAACUUGGUGAUAUCUCUAACCAGACUUUAACAGAAGAAAAGAAGCCUAAGGACAACAACGACAUAUCAAUGGGUUCUUUUUCAAACAUUGAAAUGAGCAAUUUGGCUUAUAAAGAGAAGAAACAGGAGCAAAGUUUGGGAUCCAAGUAUGCAUCGGAUGGAAUGACAGGUAGUGGUGUGGACACAUUUGAAGAUGAAGGAAAGGCAAAUUGCCAGAGUAAACCGAUUCAAGCUCCUGCUUUUGUUAUUCCAGAGCUUGUAAAAGGAAACAAUGGGUCUUUAGAGACAACGGAGAGGCAAAAUUUGUUAAGUGGUGACAACAAUACCACUGAGGAAGUGGUUGCUCUGGCAAAAGUUGAGAAGAAGGAAUCACAGGUGAUUCUAGGUGUUGACAAGAUUGAUGUUUCUGGAGGCACUAUUGGACAAAAUGGCUUAGAGCAAACAGAAACACCCUUGCAGCAAGAGGUGAGUAAUAGUAAAAAGUCUGGGUUGGGAAUACGGGGGGUAGGACCAGAUUUAAUACAUGACAAGGAAUUGUUGAAUUGUGUCGAUAGUAAAGGUCAGCCGGAAAGCAACCAAACAGAUUCUUCUGCAGACCUACAGGAAAACCAUUUUGUCUUUGUAGAAAGCACUCUUUCUGUUGAUUCUUUAUCAGAGGAUUGUGCUUUUUUACCUUUAGGUUUUUCUGUUUUGACUGAAGUUGUGACUAAUAGUGAUGAUGUUUAUACCGACUCAUGUCAAAGUGCCAACCAGGAUGACAAGAUGCUUGAAAAAAUAUGCAAUGCAGUAGAAAAGGAUCACAGUGCUGCUCAGGCUGUGAAAACCCACAAGAGUGAAACUGAAGGGUGUAAAAUACCGGAUACAGUAUGUGAGUCUCUUGAGCCGCAAUGCUCCAAUAAAAGCUCAGCCACACAAAAUGGUUCAGUAGCACAAAAGGCCAUAAAUGGAUCUCAUGUAGAUGAGACUGCAAGGGGAAACAAUGCAGCUUUAGAUGAAGAAAAUGAUGGUUUCCAGGCAGUGUGCAGUAGGGAGAUAAAAGUAAUAGACAAUAAAGCAAUCGACAAAGAUGAGGUUAUGAAAGACAAAGACCCAGGAUCAAUUGAUGUUUCAGAACAGUCUGAAAACAUCACCGAAAAUGCGUCUUGGCCUUCUAAUGGCAACAGUGCUCUUUUGAAAAAUAUGGAAAAUGACACAAUUAUCCAGCCACAACCCAACAAAGCCACAGAUACACCCAGCCAAGAAGAUGUUACAUCGGUCUCUCAGGCAGACUUUUCCCAUUCUGACAAACUUCAUGAUCACAUCUCCCUGCCAAAUCCACCAGCUGAGGUGAUACAAACCCCAGCCUGCAAGUCUGGGUCUUUACAUGUGUCAGAGAACUCUCCUUUUGGACUCACGGCACAAGAACCAGAUACAAACUGGAUACACGCUCUAAGAGAAGCUGCUUCUGACCCUCAGACUGAACAAGAGAGAACAGACAUAAGACCCCUCCCUUCUCUGGAGUCUCCUCAACGGGAGUUUGUCACUCCUACUGAGGAGGUAGCUGCUCCUCUGGGACCAGAGCUGAUCACUCAGGAAAAUACAGCCAUCAACACAAUACAUCCUGACGUAGAUCUUGUAGAACCUCAUAAAAUUCACGAGCAGACACAGGAGCCGGGAGAAAUCAGAGAGGAGCCCCCUGAAGAGCAUCCAGUGCCAAAAAGUAGCCCAGAAAUUGCUGUGCAUCAAGCCGAGCCUGAAGAACCCGCAAAAAUCAAAGAUGAGGUCAUUGAGCUCUCUGAAUCCACAGCAAAGGAGCUAUCUGAUGAAAUUGAGCGGACAACUGAGCAUCUAGAAUCAGAGAAAACAAACGCUGAGCAUCCAGAGGAGAAACCUGAACAAAACCCAACUGAAGAUACCCCAGAAACAGCCCUAGAUCCUAGUGAGGUGCUACAGGAAAGUGGACAUCACCCCCAGCCUGUUCCUCUUCUUGACCUCUCCACUCUUACUUCUGCAACCCCCGAGAAGACACCGCCUGCAUCUGCGCGCCUUCCUCUUUCUGCACACUCUAUUGCCCAGAGUGAGGAUCCCUGCCCACCCUCUGCAUUUCCUUGCCACCUUCUUCUAAGGAGUUCUGACUCUGAUGGAGCAUUCGAGACUCCUGAAUCCACAACUCCAGUGAAGGCUCCCGCAGAUCUACAGAGCCAGUUACAAACUACUGAUGACAAAGCAGAAGAUAACUUAGUGAAGGAUUCAUCAUCUGACUUGACUUCUGAUCUGCUCUGCCAUUCCACAUCUACUGUUUUCGACGAGGACAGGCCAAUUGCUGCCAGCGGCGCAUACAACAUUGAACCUCUUGCCUCAGAGUCAACAAGUCAACCUCUGACGCGUUCCCUCAGCCUCCAGGGAGGAGAACUUGACACAUCUGGCUUGCCAGAUGGAUCCGUAACAAAGGGCUUCCGUCCACAUUCGGAAUCCUUCAGCGUUGGCACAGAGAGUGCCCCGGGGACACUUCGCAGACCUAAAAAAGCCCGUCCUGGAUCUGUGAAAAAGAAACCUCUCCUGAGACAGAACUCUAACCCGGAGAGGCCAAGUUCUACUAGUAGCACCCCAGAGCUUAUUAAGCGAGUGAAGCCACAAGCUGUUACUCAGGAGUUAGAAGAAGGUGACUCUCCUCGCACAAGUCCUACAGGAACCCUCAGGAACACUAGAAAGUGCUGUGUGGAAACCUCUCCUCCGCCCGUACCAGAAGAAAAUAGUAACACAGAACCAGAGGGAAGCCUUGCAGCUCCUGCCUUACCUUUGUGCCAGGAGGAAAAACCUCUCCCUUCUAGUCCUCCUCUCAAAGAAGACCUCCCACUCCCUCCUAGUACAUCUUACAAAUGGGAUCCAGAUAAUUUUGACAGCAUAGACCCUUUCAAGACUGGAGGGAGUAAAAUUGCAAAUUCACCGGUUCUGGGUCGUAAAAGUCCUGCGUCUGCCCUAAUUGCUUCCUUCCCAGAAAGUCCUCCGAUCGCUGCUGUGAGGCAACCUUCUCUUUCAGCUACAACUGAAGAACCACCUUUCGACCCUGAAGAGCAACCCAUUGUACCCAAACGUGAGUCAGUGAGGCUGGAGUUUGAUUACGCAGAGGAGAAUAGCGAGGCAUCCUACACAGGUUCUUCUCCGCCUAAGAAAGUGGGUAAGAAGCCUGGUGUCAAGAUGCCUCUGAGGAAGCCAAAGUUGGGGUUAAAGAAGGCUCAUCCAGCCCAGAUCGAACAAAUGGACAACCUAAAAUCAGCACAUAAUGGCAACGUGGAAGAAAUGCCUAUUUCCAAAAGUUCUUACAACUUUGAAUCGGAUAAGUGGGAUGACCCAAAUUUUAAUCCGUUUUCAACAAAGACGCACAUUUCGAGCUCUCCCAAAGCAACCGAAUCUUCUUACAGUUUUGACCCUGAUAACUCCAUAGACCCUUUUAAAUCCUCCAAAAAGAUGGCUUGCUCUCCUCCCAAGGCCUCUGCCUCUUUUGAUUUGUCAUCUAAUGAAGAUGUGGAAAAUGACAACGACAACAUCGGGGAACUAGAAGAUCAAAAUCAGAACAAACCUGCCAAAAAAAAGAAGACUCCUAUUAAAUCUAACACUUUCAGGGUGAAGAGGUCCCCAAAGAAAUCACUGUUGUCUGACCCCUCGCAGGAUGCAGAUGACCCCGCCUCUCUCCAGCCACAGGACGACCACGCAACUGACGAGGAGAAGCUGGCCUCCUCCACUAGUCACAAGUGGGCGGAUUUGAACUCUGAUCAGCAGGAAUUUCCUCAACCAUCUGAUCUCACAUCAUUUGUUGAAAGCAGUCUUCAAUCUGCAGUGCAAGACUAUGAAAUAGAAUACAUGGAAAAGAUUGGCUCGUCUUCACCGCCACUUUCUGUGAAGAAACCAUCAUUAUACCUCCAGUUGGACUCAUUAUCAGACACCUUAAAGGAUGCACAUGAUCCUAAUUCCCCCUGCACAGGGAGUUUUGAGGAAAUGGAGGCCAAGAUAACAGCGGCCAUGAAAACCCCCACCCUGAGUUCCAGGCCUGGUCCUGAGGGUUCUUCAGGGGAAAAAGGCAGGAAACGAGAAAUCGAAGCACUCAGCCGAACACAAAGCACAGAAAGGGAUGAGCAGCCCACUAGCCAAGAAGCCCCCGCGGCAAUCCCGGCCAUGUCCCUGUUAGACAGGCUGUCUGAGUGUGACGACCCUGUGCAGUACCUGGAGCCUGACCUCGCUGAGACCAACCCUAAUGCUUUCGCCCAAAAACUGCAGGAGGAGCUGGUGCUUGCUGCCCUGAGGAUAGAGGCUCUGCGAGUAGCCAAAAACAUCUCUAAGUGCCCCUCCCUCUCCAAUGUAACCCCCCAGCACAGAGAUGUGUCUUGUCCAUCAGAGAGUUCUGUGUCCAAGAAUAUGCUCUACGCCCGGACUGCCCCCAGCUACAUUGAUGGAGAGAGUCCACAUCUUCCCAAAGAUUUGGACCACUCGCUGGUGAUUGCAAGAGAAGAGGUUGUAACCAAAGAAAGAGAGGUGUUGGAGUGGCAAAGAAAAUAUGAAGACAGCCGACUGGAAGUGGCAGAGAUGAGGAGGAUUGUUGCUGAAUAUGAGAAGACAAUUGCCCAGAUGAUAGAGGAUGACCAGAAAGAAAAGUCUCUCUCCCACCACACCAUUCAACAGCUGAUUGUGGAAAAGGAUCAGGCCUUAGCUGACCUCAACUCUGUGGAAAAGUCUCUGGCCGACCUCUUCCGACGCUACGAGAAGAUGAAAGAUGUGCUUGAGGGUUUCCGCAAGAAUGAAGAGGUUCUGAAGAAAUGUGCUCAGGAGUAUCUAUCAAGGGUCCGUAAAGAGGAACAGCGGUACCAGGCUUUGAAGAUUCAUGCAGAAGAGAAACUAGACAAAGCCAAUGCGGAGAUAGCUCAGGUGAGGGCCAAGUCCAAACAGGAGCAGGCUGCCCACCAGGCCAGUCUGAGGAAGGAGCAGAUGAAGGUGGACUCUUUAGAGCGCACUUUGGAGCAAAAGAACAAAGAGAUUGAGGAACUAACAAAGAUCUGCGACGAGCUGAUUGCCAAGAUGGGAAAAUGUUAGCAGCCGUUAUUCUGGUUCAAGACUUUGUUUGUACAAACACAAAAAGGUGUUCAUGUGCUUGGAAAAUGAACAGGAAUAUACAUUUGUUACCACUUCUCCAAGAACUCUUAAAGCCACACUGGGCUUGAAUUUUCUACUGACCUUGUGGAAACAGGAUCUUCUUAAUCAUGCUGUAUAUUUUUGAUGUGUCACUGUAUUGUACAGUAUCAGUGGUGUGGUUUAACAUUUUAGGAACUGCACCAUGUCAUUAAGUGUGUACGUGUGUGAGUGAGAGAGCGUGUGACGAUGAGAAUAGCGCGUGGGUUUAAUGUUGUUUAUGAUGUUGCCAUGACAGCCACUGAGGGAGAAGACUGUUUACCUACUUCUUGUGAUGCCUCCUCCUUGUAACUAUGAGAAAGGAGCAUCAGAAACUUUUUUAGAGUGAUGCAGCACUAAGAGAAUAAAAAAAAUAUCACUUUAGCUUAUUGCAUGCGAGAGAGAAAGAAAACAUUGUGUUUUUUGUAUACAAUAUAGAAAACUCUACAUUCGGAGAAGACUCAUUCUCAUAGUUAUGUCUCCAUUGUGUAAAACACAGAUGACUUAAUUUGUCACAGUUAUUAUUAUUGUCAACAGCUAGUGUGCUUCCCUCAUCUAACUUUGUAGAUACUUGUCAUACUUUGUCAUAGCUGUUUUGAUCAGAUCAUGGGACUUUAUUUUUCUGUAUUUUAUUUUGCUAUAUACUAAUUGUGAUUGUAUUCAGAUGUGCACCAGUCCUGUUUGGGUCGUUGCGUCACGCUGACCAGUAACAUGUCUGCACAGCUGCUGUACAGCAUCUGCUUACAAAGUGCAAUAAAAGAUGGCAAUAUAAACUAGUGAGCUCACACUGUUUUUGUUUCUUGUGUUGCACGAUCGAGUACAAUGACUGGAAUAAAUACAAAGUGUUUUGAUUUUAUUCAGUGAUUAAAUAACUUUUUUUUUUUAAUUAAUCCUUUCUCAAUCAUUUGACCACAUUAAUAUUCCGCUAUGAAACCAUCUCUUUUAACUCCCCCACAAUUUCGAAAUGAACAAAUAUUUUAUAUUUUGGUUCUGAUUGUGGUUUAUUUACCUUUCUUUGCACAUGUUUACCCUUGUUCAUUGUAUGUUUGAAAAAAAAUGGGAAGAAACUGAAGUGUAUUUAAUUCUACUACUUAUCCAUGACUUGCUGUGUUUAAUUUUUACUAUUUAACAAUCGAGAAAGAAUACCAAUGUCUUAUAAAAAAAAAAAUCAAUAAUUAAAAAAUAUUUGUGAAUAAAGUAAAUAGCAAUAAAUCAUGUAGAAAAAAAACAUUACAGAAAAGAAAAUAUAUACAAAAAGAACUACAUAAAUAGAAAAAAAAAAAAUUUAAUCCUACUAUUAAUCCAUAACUUGUUUGUUACCAUUUUCCAAAGAGAGAAAACCAAAUUGAGAAUGAAUACCAAUGAUUUAUGAAAAUAAUAAUUUUUUUUGUAAGUGUGAAUAAAUUACAAAUACAAUUAAAUAUAAAACAAAAAGUUACAGAAAUUAAGAGAAAUACAAAAAAAUAACAAAUAGAAAAAUACAUUACACUAAAUCCUACUAUUUACCCAUAACUUGCUGUGUUGUUACCAAUUUCUAAAGAAUAAAAAAAAACGUAAGUAAAUAGUAAUAAUAAACCAUAAAUGGAAUUAAAUAAUACACAAUAAUUACAUAUAUGACUAUAGAUACAAAAAGAAAUAUAAUUACAUUAAGAUUCGUAAAUAGAUUAUGUAUAAUAAAUCGUACAUAAUCAUACAUAGUUUUUUCAUGUAAAAUGUAAACGUUGGAAAUGAUGAACUCUGGCCUAGGGCAGUGGUUCUCAAAUGGGGGUACACGUACCCCUGGGGGUACUUGAAGGUAUGCCAAGGGGUACGUGAGAGUUUUUUUAAAUAUUCUAAAAAUAGCAACAAUUAAAAAAUAAUUUAUAAAUAUAUUUAUUGAAUAAUACUUCAGCAAAAUAUGAAUGUAAAUUAAUAAACUCUGAAAAUAAAAUGCAACAAUGCAAUAUUCAGUGUUGACAGCUAGAUUUUUUUGUGGACAUGUUCCAUAAAUAUUGAUGUUAAAGAUUUCUUUUUUUAUGAAUAAAUGUUUAGAAUUAAGUUCAUGAAUCCAGAUGGAUCUCUAUUACAAUCCCCAAAGAGGGCACUUUAAGUGUAUGAUUACUUCUAUGUGUAGAACUCUUUAUUUAUAAUCGAUUCACUUGUUUUAUUUUUUAGUUAUUAUAAGUUUUUAGUUAUUUUUAUAUCUUUUUUUCCAAUUUUUUUUAAGAAAGACCACUACAAAUGAGCAAUAUUUUGCACUGUUAUACAAUUUAAAAAAUUAGAAACUGAUGACAUAUAGUGCUGUAUUUUACUUCAUCUCUUUUUUUCAACCAAAAGGCUUGAAUUAAAAAAAAUGUUCACAGGGGGUACAUCACUGAAAAAGGUUGAGAACCACUGGCCUAGGUAUCAUUUAUAAAGAUGUAGCAAAAUAUGAGAUGUUACGACGGUUUAAUAAAGUAGGGCGAAAGGAGUGACCACUGAGUGGCGCUGCUACAUUAAUUCCAGAACCCUACUUCCGUUUCCGGUUUCCCCCUCACUACUGUUUUGACCGUCUCCACCCGGUAAUCAAGUAGAUACGGAACAUGGACCGUCCGCCUGCCAGACAGCCGUGGAAUGACCGCUUCCCUUCCCCGCCCUCGGGUUGGACCCGUUCCCCUUACGGAGGCUCCGGACAUCGUGGGGGUUCUCCCCGCGGCUACUCAACCUACUCGCCCACCUCUCCCAUGUGUUCCCCGGUCGGGUUUAACCGUGGACACUGGGGAAGUCCUCAAGCAGGGUCUGGCGGGAGAGGACGGGGCUUCAGGGGGUCUCCGGCUCGGUUCGGCAGCGGAGAGAGGGCGCAGAGAAGAGGACACCGCUUUGAGAGGCCUAUGAACUUCAGUCCGUCGUCUUCCAGGGAGCAGGAUCAGUCUUUUGACUCGAUAGAGAAGUACUUCAGUCCGUCCAUGUUGGAGGAUCCCUGGGCAGUGCUGCAAGCAACAGAGCCACAGACAUCGACCAGCAACAAUCAGUAAACCGUAACAAUACCAGGAAAAAGCUGGUGGGUUUCUGAUUAACUCAGGAAUCAAUUUGUUUGAUUGGAGGGUUUUAUGUUGUUCAUAGAUUAAUGUACACGUUUAUGCACUGUAUUUCAGGAUUGUUUGAGGGAGAAAAGUCUUAUUUGUGGGAAUUCAAUGCCUACAGGAAGUACUUACUCUGUUCAUGAUCAAUUAAGGAAUCAGUUAGAUGAGAUGUUUGUACAACUUUGUACAAAAAUACCCAUGUUUAUGUAUAGAUUUAUACAUUGUUUAAAUAUUUUACUUGACAGGAAGUAAGUAGCUGGUCUGAUUCUGAUCAGUACAAGAAUUUCCGGUUAUUGGAAGCUUGUAUUAUGUUUUGUAUUAUGAAUAUGAUACAAAUGAUUUUUUAUAUAAAUUCUUACUUUGUGGUUUCUGUUGUAAAAAAUAACAUCUUUGUGGAUAUUAAAACGUAACAAACA